AUGGACGACCUCGCUCACCAGUGCCCCCUCAACCACAGAAAGCGCAAGGCCGGCGACGACAACAGCCCCCAGGUCCCUCGCCCCCCAUGGAUAGCCACCGACACAGACUGGUCGUCCCCCACGUCGCCCCAGGUAUCAUCUCCCCUGACGCCCCAGCCGUCUCGCCCGCCCCCGGCAGCAGCGAAGCGCCUCCGCGUCGACACCCUCGACACAACCCUGCGCGCACAUGAAAAGCGCUACCACCACCACCGCAGGUCCCCCACAAAAAUGUCGCCUCACCCCCUCCCCGCCGUCCGCACCGGCAGCGACAUCGAAGACAUCGGCAUCGUCAGCACCGCAGACCCGGGACCCUCCUCAGGCUCUCUCCUCCGCGAACGACCAUCCCCGGCCACUCCCUCCCAGUCCCCCACUACCCCCAGAAUCACCACCCUCACAGAAUCGCCCAUCGACUUUUCCUCGCCACACAUCCCGCCCAUGCAGCCCCUAAUCAACCGCCAGACGCUCAGAGAGCUCGAUUUGGACAUUAUUCUCCGCAACCCCGUGCUACGCCAUGAUCUCUUGUUCGACCCGGGCCUCCAAUUCAGACCACGGCGGAAGCGCGAAAUGUCCGAGAAGUACUGGAACGCUCUGUGGGAGGAGGUCAAGUUCGGCUGCACAUGUGUCACCCUCGACAUCUACGGCAAGAGCCACAAGACAGUCUGUAUAUGCACCCGCCAUCCCGAAACCCCCACCAUUCCUAUCAUCACCCCCCUCUCGAGCGCCGUUUAUACCCUCCGACUGCCUUCGCGCAUCCCCGCCCUCCUCACCGAGUUCCUCGAGGUCAUGCUGUUCGUCAUCCAACCGCUUUCAAACACGGCCGUCUACACCAACCCAAACGCGGUCAAAGAACAGGCCCAAGAGCAUUCCGCACAUGCGGCCCACCUCCGUGAAAUCUUUGACCCUGCUCUCAUUUAUCAAGAGAUAAAGCACAAGGUUUUCGACCCAUCAGGCCUAUUCACCCAUAUCGGGCAGACAUUAAAACAUCAUUGUGCUCCUAUGCGCGACCGUGCCGUCGAGGAGUUGGUUCAGUUCGCACAACAGUCCGGCAUCGAAGCCUUCAAGGCCUUCCGUACAUGCCUAGAGCUGCUCGAGUUGAUGAAAUUGGACAUCGCCAACCACCAACUUACGCAACUCCGGCCAUGGCUUCUACGCAACACGGGCGUGUUCGAAGUAAAGGCCUUCAAAUUGCGGUUUGGGGCUAAUUCGUCGCUGCACAACACCCGAGAAUGGUUACAUUGUGCGCACGAUUCGCUCCUGGCGCGCAAGAAGCCCGUUCCACAUCCUUCGUAUCCAUCUCUGCUUGAUUAUCAGUCUUUGACGAAAAAUCAGCAGAUAUACCUUGCCACCCUCAAAGGAAUCACCGACUUGAUUUUUGAUGCUUCAGCCUUUUCGCCGCCUUCCUCGCCCACAAGCAGCCCGUCUUCGUCUCCUCCGACGUCACCGAUCUCUCCUCCCACGACCCCAUCGCCAUUCUCCUCUCGACCGGAGACACUCUAUCUGGACAAGUCCCGUCUGGCGCACCUCAGCUCCGAGGCCGUUGAUACGACGACCAUGUACAUGCUCAUGCUAUUCUUCCGUCAGCUAGCAGAGUGGGAAACACCGAUCAAGGACGUUAUGCUCCUCAAGCAGGAGAUUCGAGAUAUCGGCCCAGCAAGAUUGGGAUCUUGUAUGGUUGCGUCGGCUUCACCCGACGAUGACGAUGACGACCGGAAAGAGCUUGAGCAGCGGAGAGGUCACAAGCAGGAUCUCGUGGUGCAAAUCGCGAGGCGCGCGUCGGAGCUCCGCAACCGCGACACGGAACAGCACCCUGACCCGCGCACGCUAGGGGUCGCACAGCGGUGGGCAGACACGAACAUGCAGUCCGGGUCGACACUUAGCACGCUCCUGCACAACCGCGUCCGCGAGGCUGUCUUUGAGGGCGUCGUGGCUUUCGCGUACCCAGGACGCGACGCGGUGGCUGCCCACGGUCCGAAUGCGAGCCUGACGGUGGACUUGACGACCGCGAACGCGAGCAUGGGUGCCAGUUCAGGUUCGAAUUUGGCGACUUCGACGGCAGCAGCGGCCGUUUUGGGCCCGCGAGGUGGCGCCGCGACGAUACCGACGACACCGACCGCUAGUGCGCCCGCACCUGGCAUGGAGCCGAUCGUGGACGAGCUGCGUGUUCUCGCGGAGAAGAUCGCGCGGCUCGCGUUGAUUCAUUUGAAUACUUACUUGCCGAUGUACGAGGCGGAGGGGUUCUUCUCGAUGCGUUCGUAG